AUGACAAAAGAAAUCCGAUCAAGUAAAGUAGAAUCUUGUAGCACCAUGAAGGAGCAAGCUCUUGAAAGAGCAAGUUGUUCUCAAACUAAAAGGCCAUCCUUCACAGUCACUAUGCGUGAAGUGUAUACAACUGGCCGUUGUAAUUUUUGCUUGCCAUACAAGUUUGUGGAGAAGUACAUUAGUAAGAAAGAAUGUGAGGUAAGGCUUUGGGUUUCGGAUGGUAGAUCUUGGUUUGUCCAAUUAAGGGUGAGGCAAAGAAAUGUGUUACCCAGAGCUGAAUUGUUAAGCCAUGGCUGGAAAGCAUUCGCACUGGACAAUAGUUUGCGAGCGGGUGGUAUUUGCACAUUUGAACUUACUAACAAUGGCAAUGAAAUUUCAUUUAAAGUUUCCAUUGUUAAGAUAGUUGAUGAUGCAUGUAACAAGCAAGUUGCAAAUAAGAGAAGAACAACUACACCAUCCAAGCGAAAGAGAAAUCCUUGUGUGAAAGUUGAAUCUUCUUUUAAUUAUGAUAAAGCCAACAUGAUUCCACAGAACCUGAUUGCAAAGAUAGAACAAGAGAAAAUUAAAGUUGAACCUUCAGACAGCUUUAUGAAGCUGAUAUCUGAAGCAAAUAUUGGUAAUCAAGUGCAUUAUUUUGAGGAAAAGACACAAACUGUGAUGCUUUGGGUUGGUGAGAAAUAUUGGUAUGUGAAGUUAUUGGCUUAUAAAUCAGAUUAUAAAUUUUCUGCUGGGUGGGCUGCAUUUGCAAAAGGGAACUCUCUUCAGCCAAGAGAUGUUUGCAUCUUUGAGCUGAUUAAGAGAAAUCAAUCUGAGAUGAAAGUUUAUAUAUUUAGACAAAGUGGUUUGGCUCAAGAGUAG